AUGGCAACAGUUGCAGCAAAAAACGUUUCUACGCACAUUACCUCAUUGAAAGAAUCAUUUUCGUUGUAUCAGCGUGAUUCUAAUGAAAUACAGGACGCACUAGAGAAAACAAUAGAGGUGUACGACAAAAUACGACGUACCCUGUCAGAAGAGGCACAGACUAAAUUCGAGAGAAAUGGAAUUACACUACUCGAUGAAGAAGACCAGCAACUAAUUGAGAAGGUUCGUGUCAAACCUUGCAUCAUUGUCGUUGGCCAGACUAAUUCUGGGAAGAGUUCGUUCAUCAACGAGUUACUUGGUGGCACAGUGGUGACUGCAAGCGAGGUGCCAUGUACAGCUCGUCUAGUCAAAAUGAAGUAUGGAGAAACCCAGAGAGUACGGGUAAUUUCCAAAACCCGCAACGUCAUACAAACGAUAGACAUGAAGGAAACAAGUAAAGCAAUACCAAAAGCAAUAGUGGCACUCGCAGACAAAGAGCGAGAAGACGACGAAAUGAUCGGUAGUUAUGUUGUCGCCGAACUUAACAACGACUUCCUGAAAAGUGGCAUUGAAAUAAUUGACUCUCCGGGUUUACAAGAAAACGAGCGCCUGAAUAAACUUGUACUGGGAGCGGUUGAUGACGAUUUGAAGAUCAUUAUAUAUGUGGUAGAUGGUAGAAAUCAAUUGAACAGUCAGGAUUUGACUGAUAUCAAGAAAUUGUGCGAUGGUAAUAAGCGGAAUGUAUUUUUUGUAGUUACUAAACUCGACGAGCACAACACAAACAGCGGAGAUGAUAUGAGUGCUGCGCAGACGAAAAAGGGUCGCGUCUACGACCGUCUGGUUGAUGAGGGGUUUCUACCCGAUUGUCCAAUGGAGAAUUGCAGCAAUUUUCACGGAAUUUCGAAUUGGCGAUUGAAAUCGUACCGGAGAAAAAAUAAGAAUAACCCAGAUCCGUUCGUGGCCGACUUCUUUAGAUUACAAAAAUGUAUCUGUGAUUUUAUUGCACAGUCUCUCAAUAACUUGAUACUUGAGUCCAGCCGCAUCCUUCUUGCUUCUCAUACACGGUGUCUCGACUACUUCAUUAUGAAAACCACGGAGACGAAAACUCCAGAGUAUAAAGAGAAAGAGUUGAAAGCAUGCAGGGAAAUUGUGAACGAUGUAUUCAAGAAAGCCAUUUCAAAACUGGAUCAUACAUCUGUGAUUCUACAGCGUGACCUUAGAAACGUCAUUGACAAAGAAAGAGAAAAUAUCGUGUCGUCCGCUCGAGAAUAUCAGAUUACCGACGUGGCAGAAGUAGAAACCUGCAAUAAAACGAUACAGAAGUUAGUAAUUAAUAUAAUUAGCACAGCUGUGAAUGAAGCAGUGGCAGACAGCUUCAAAAAAGAGGAUGACAUUUUAAUUGAUUUAUAUAAUUCAGUUGCAGAGUUAGUGGACCACAGCGAACUUUCUGAAGUAGCCUCCAUUAUGAAACAAUGCACAAUGAGCUCGUACCGUACAGUCAUGGCAACACCACUUCGUAGAGAUUCAAUACUUACCCGAUUAAAAACAUGGUUAGAAAAUAUGACUACUGCAGUUCAACCCCAUAAAGAUGAUACUGUCAUUAUCGAUAAUAAUUGGAAAGAGGAUAGGGCUUUAGAGACCUUCAGUAAAAUCGACACGAAGGCCGUAUCAAAAGACGCAAUUAGUGAAGCCAAAUGUCAUCUUCGUAGUAGCAAAACGCAGUUCCAAAAAGCUAUAAAUCAAAUAGAAAGCCUGAUAAAUUCAGAUACGAUGAUCACAGAGAUGGAUGCAAAGAAUAUCAGAACGUUUGCACCUGAUGUGGCAUCACUGGAACUGAGGAUUUACUCGAUACUUGACAGAAGAGAGUUUGGUAUUCCUGAACGUGGUGAAGUGAUUGGAACAGGCAGUCGGAGUGUCGUGUACGACUGUGGUGAAAUGGGACGAGAAGCUUUACCGUGUGCUGUGAGGGUUGUCAAAUAUGAAGUUGGAAGUAAUGACCCAAUGGAAGUACAUUACACAAGACUUGUACAUGAACAUGAACGUAUGCUACCUCUGCUGGCAACAAUAAUAUACAAUAACGAGUUAUUGUUACUGACACCAAAAAUGAGUUACAACCUUAAAAGCGCCCUGCCUAAAUACAGAUAUUUGACUGACCGACUUCACGUCGCUCUCCAGGUAUCACAGGGCAUUGAAUUCUUGCAUAAAAAAGGAAUUGUGCAUAGAGAUAUAAAGCCUGAAAAUAUUUUGCUAGACGAACAUGGAAAUGUGAAAAUUGCAGAUAUGGGUUGCUGCAAGGCCGAAGGGUUUCUACAAGAUACGUUCAUAGGCACACCAAUGGUUAUGGCCCCAGAGAUGGCAAUGGGCGCUGACUACGACAGGAUGGUGGAUGUAUAUGCAUUCGGCAUAUUGCUGUGGUUUAUAUGUGAUGGGACUGGAUCCCUGCCAGAGACAUAUAAACAUCAUCAAGCUAACUCACACCUGCUAAAUGUGUUUGGUGUACGACCAGAAAGAUUGGACAAGUUUAAUAAGCAGUGUUGGCGUCUUAUGGAAAAGUGUUGGAGACAAGAAUCUACAAGGCGAGUUACGUUCAGAGAAAUAACUAAAGAACUUCAAAGCAUCAUUCAAAGUGUCGACCCCCUAGCAACAUGA